AUGGAUGAAGAUGGGGUACCAUUACUGAGAAUUCAUAAUGACACAUCUGAGUUUCUUCUCUCGGAAUUCUCAAAAAUUUGGGAGCUACAGGUUAUGCACAUAGCUUUACUACUGAUACUGUGUUUAAUGACAGUAACAGGGAACCUUCUCAUCAUCACAGCUGUUGUAUGUAACCAUCACCUUCACACCCCCAUGUACUUCUUCCUGAUUAAUUUAGCCAUGCAGGACACUGGUUCAGUUUCAAUCAUUAUUCCUAAAGCUGUUUUUAAUACCCUCAUGAAGAUAAGGAGUAUUUCUCAUUCUGGAUGUGUUGCCCAAGUCCUGUUGUUCGUCUUUUUCCUGAGCUGUCAUGUUUCCUACCUUACUGUUAUGGCAUAUGAUCGGUAUGUUGCCAUUUGUAAUCCUUUACGAUAUGAAAUGAUAAUGAACAGAAAAGCUUGCACCAAAAUGAUUGGUAGUGUAUGGAUAGCCAGCCUUCUCAAUGCUUCAUUACACACUACUGUCACUUUUAUUACUCCUUUCUGCUCUAAUAUUAUCAACCAGUUCUUCUGUGAAAUCCCAUAUUUACUUAAGAUUGCCUGCUCUGGUUUAUAUGGGACUGAAAUUGGAGUUCUAGUCUUCAGUGCUAUAUUAGGAUUUGGUUGUUUCGCCUUUGUCAUUGUUACUUAUGUGCAUGUCUUCUUUGCUGUUCUGAGAAUUCCUUCUGUUCAAGGAAGGAAAAAGGCCUUCUCCACUUGUCUGCCACACCUCAUUGUCACCUCCCUAUUUGUAUUCACUGGUGCCUUUGCUUAUCUAAGAAACAUAUCUGACAGUCCAUCCCACCUUGACUUCAUUAUAACAAUAACCUAUAGCAUUAUUCCAUCUAUGUUGAAUCCAUUAAUAUACAGUAUGAGAAAUAAGGACAUCAAAGUUGCCGUUUCAAGAAUUUUUGGUCAUGGGUUAUUUCAUUUUAAAGAAGUGUGA